UAGUUUACAACUUCGCAGUCACACAACUUGAUUUAUUUAUAAAUCUUUCCGCUCAGAAAAUGUAGAGUAAAAGCGGUUACUGAAACACUACACGUUUUAGCUAAAGGAACAGCUUGCUCACAAAUAGAUCCAUUUGCGUUGAAUUAUUCAAGGUACGUCAACAACAAGAACGGCCAUGAUAAUUUGAGCAGAGACUGCAUGAAGUAAACAGCUGUCCAUAAUAUUGUUCUGUGUAGGAUCUUGUGACUUAUUCUAGCUUUCGUGCAUUAAAUAAUGGCUGACACAAAUUCUCAUGAACUUUACGAUAGUCAUCCUGAAAGUUCUGGUUAUGCUAAUGAUGACUUCGAAAAGUUAGACCCGCCUGGCAGCGGUUUCGACAAUGACGGUGGGAUGAUGGGUGACGAAGAUGCCGACGAUCUUAGUGGAGUAGGUUCAUCAGGUGCGUACGACUAUGACUAUGACCGCAAUCAAGAUGCGGAAAUCUCUACUACCACAGAUUAUCCUGGUGAAGAAGAUGCAGAAGAAGAUCGUUAUGCAGUUGGUGCUUCAGAAGCUGAAGCAAAUACAAACGCACAAAAUUCCUCAGAACCUCUCAUUAAUUUUGGGGAUGAUUAUAGUAAUAAUGUUGAAGAUGAAGAAGAUAUUGAUAUGGUAUACCAAGCACAGCCGUCUGCUCCAGUGCCAGAUAGUAAUGAACCACUAAUUGAUUUCAGUCACACAGAAGAUCCAGUUGUUCACCCUUCAUCUUAUAGCCAAAUUUCUGAACCCAUUCCCACUUCUACUGCUAACAAAGUUAAAGAAAGUAGUCCAGUUGUUAAAACUACUGAACAAAGUUCAGCUGGAACAAGUAGUUCUAAAGAAAAAGAUAAAAUGACAAAAAUUCUCCCACCUCCUGAAGUUCAUGAGAAACAAACCCCAUCAAAGGAUCUUCUUGAGCAGACAGUUAUUUAUAAAUAUCUUGUGGUCGUGGGCACAUGGCUGAAAGGAGUGGAUCCAAGGGGCUCGAAAGAUGAAGCUACAGAAGGGUCAGAUUUUCAGUCAUGUUUGAAGGAUCUGAUCUACUGGAGAGAUGUGAAGAAGACAGGGAUUGUGUUCGGUACAUUAAUGAUGGUCUUGAUUUCCUUGGCAAUCUUCACUGUAAUUAGUGUUAUUGCCUACCUGUCUUUGGCUAUCCUGACUGUCACCUUCAGUUUUGUGGUCUACAAAAAAAUCAUGGGUGCUGUUCAAAAGUCUCAAGAAGGACAUCCUUUCCAACCUUUGUUGGACUUGGAUAUUCAACUGAAUGAAAACAAACUGAAGAGCAUCAUUCACAGCACACUUAAAAAUGUCAACUGCUUGACCCAUGAACUACGUAGACUGUUUUUGAUUGAAGAUCUUGUAGACUCAAUUAAGUUUGGGCUGCUUUUGUGGGCCUUGACUUACAUUGGGUACUGGUUCAGUGGCAUGUUCCUCAUUAUCAUGGAUGUAGUUCUACUUUUCACUUUGCCCAAAGUGUAUGAAACAUACCAAGUGCAAAUUGACAACUACAUUGGAAUGGCAAAAGCCCAAGUCAACAAUGUUGUGAACAUUAUCCAAAGUAGAUUGCCAUUCUUAAAGAAGAAGGAAAAGGCCCAGUAGAUCAGACAUGGUUUGUGGGGACAACUAAAUAUAACAGUCCAGAAACAGAAGUGAACACAACACUUGAUUUAGAGGCUUAGUAUGUAUUGAUUUAUACACCAUAAUACAUUGCAGGAACAAGUUAGGAGGAACUCCAUGCAGUUUAACAAGGAUUGUUUUUUCCAUUUUAAAAAUUAAAUAUGACGAUCUUUGAAAGUAGCCAACUUUUACACUUAGCUGAUAUUUUAAAAUAUAUGAUGCUGUGCAACAAUUUGGCUAAUGAAAUCAGUCUCAUUGAAAAUAUGCAGGAAUAGUUCAAAUGUGUAGCUUACGGCUAUAAUUGUGAUUUCUUAAAUUGCUGAACAUUUUUCUCUUUGUAUAUGGCUUUAUAUAGUAAAUGGUAUGUGUGAUGGGUGUUACAUUCAUAUACUUAAAAAAAUAACAUGUUUUAUUUGAAAGAUACUUGUUUCUAGAUUUUAGAUCUACAUUAUAAAAUACCUUUCUUUGUUACUUAUUUUGAGGGAGUAGGGAUGGAAAAUUGUGUUUUUUUUUAAUGAGAUUCAGAUCCUAAUUAAUCAUUUUUUUAAACAGGGUUUUUUUUUCACUUUAUUUUUGUUUGAUUUUUAAUAUCCAGUACAGAUCUCAUGGAAUUUAAAAAAUAACUUAUUUAUUUAGUAUGUGACACUUGCCAGUAAUCAAAAGUACAUGAGCAUUGCACAAGAUUUCUGUGGUGUGAGUGAUAAGUGAAAAGAAUUAAUGAAUGUGUGAAGCAAGUUCUUAAAUGUAUUCUGUUUUCAUUAGUAUAGAAUUGUAAUCAACAGAAAAAGACUAAUGCUUUUACAAUUUUUGCAUAGAUUUAGUAGAUAAUCUUAACCAAAGUUUACAUGCUUUUUAUUGUGUAUUCUACACUUCAAUAUGUAAAUAAAUUUGUCAUACAAUGUACUGGAGCAUGAUAAUUUGUUAAACAAUACAUUCAAAUGCUCAACUAAAAUGCCAACAUUCAUUUAGAAUACAUUUAAAUACUAAUAUAAUUUUUGUGUUAACAUUAGCAACAUGUGGCUAGGAAGUUUUGAAUUCAUUAAGAACUCAAACCACAUUAGGAUAGCUUCACUAAUUUGUUUCCCCCUGUGAUUAACACACCCACUUUCAGGAAUGUUUUUGCAACCCCUAGUCCACGGUUUUCCCACUAAUAACUUGUGAUAAAUGUUAGGUUAUCAAAUUUUGUUGGAUCACUUGUGUUACUGCAAACUGGUAACAAAAAUUGUAAUAGGACUUAUCAUCAGAGCAUGGUUUAUUUUGUUGACACAUAGUUUGCACAUGCUUUUGUCAAUAUUCCACCGUUUCAUUUAUCUUUCAAAUUUGAUUUUUAAUUGUCUUUUUAUAUACAAGAGUUUUAAAAGAAGUAAGUGUUACAGUGGCUAAAGAAAUUACUUAAAUAAAUUAAUUUCUUUUUAAAAAGCAGUUGUUUCAAUCACUUCAUAGGUCUCUUUAUUUUGGACCUUUUUAGCAUGUGAAGUAUUUUUUAAUUAAAGCAAACAUUGUUUAGGCAAAAUGUCACAACGUGGUGGGCUAUGUAAUCAUACAAGUUAAUAUUUUGAAUGUUCAUAUUGCUACAGUUGUAGAUUGUUGUUUUUUUUUAAACCAGUGAUGUUAAGGUGUCUUGGUAUUGUUAGCUACACCUUCAUAAAAAGGAAGCUUUGGUGUACCACUUCAAUAAUUUUGUUUAUCAUUCAUUCCCAGCUGUCUUGAACUAACACAACAAUGACAUAGUCAUUAUUGUUGCUUAAAACCAUUGAUAUUUCUCUUUCCUAGUCUCAUGUGCCCAUCUGUAAUGUGUUUGUGCCUCAUCACUUUCUAUGCUUCAAUUUUAUUUUUGUCAAACUAUUAUGGACUAGAUUGUGAGGUUUUUAAAAUAGUAUGCAACAUUUUCAGGUUUUGUAUGUAUUUUCUAAUUCUUCAACAUAGAGAAUAGUUUUUCAGGAUGUUUUAUUUUAAGUAACUCGCCAUGCUGCUUUACAGUGCUAUUUCAUAAUCGUAGUUGUUCAAAUAUUAGAAACUGCUUAUUUAUAAAUAUUUAAGAUAAACCACAAAAUAUUUAAUUGUACUGUUUGAGUAUACAGCAAUCAACAGUGAAAAACUUAGCUUUGAAGUCAGGCCAAAUAUGCUACAAUGCUUUUAAAAUUUUGUUUGUAAACUUUGUUUUGCCUUAUUGGACUGUAAAGUUUCACAUUUUGUAUAAGAUCAAUAAAUGUGAUGUGUUUUAA